GAUGAAUUUGAUACUCGUGUUCUUAUUUUGCUUAGCUGUGCGCACUGCCUCAGUUUUUGUAGUAAAGACCUUUUAUGUUCCGGAUGAAUAUUGGCAAAGUUUAGAGGUUGCACACAAAAUUACGUUCGGCUAUGGUUAUUUGACAUGGGAGUGGGUGCAAGGAAUUCGUAGUUAUAUAUAUCCCGUGGUUAUAGCCGGAAUUUAUAAAAUUUUGGCUCUCCUCAGUCUGGACACUGUAAAAUGGCUUGUUGUGCUGCCAAGAUUGUUACAAGCAACAUUAUCUGCAUAUUCCGAUUACCGAUUCUUCAUAUGGACGGGCAAAAAGAAAUGGGGGUUAUUCCUCAUCGCAGUUUCUUGGUUCUGGUUUUAUACAGGAUCUAGGACUUUAAGCAAUACGUUGGAGACGUCAUUGACAACUAUUGCUUUGAGUUAUUUUCCGUGGAACGGCGAGGGCAUAGGUUAUUUGUGGCCUGCAGCUUUCUGCUGCUUCCUUCGACCAACGGCCAUUAUCAUUUGGCUACCUUUAGUUUUCUAUCACCUUCAUAAAUCUAAGUUAAGAUGGACUGAAUUGGUAUUUAAGCGAUUUAUAUUUAUUGGAUUACUUGUUGCGACAAUUUCCGUGGCUAUCGAUUCCUAUAUGCAUGGACGAUUCCUAAUCACUCCAUAUGAAUUUCUUAAGUACAAUGUUAUUCAAAACAUUGGAAGUUUCUAUGGCUACCACCCUUGGUAUUGGUACUUUACAGUUGGCUUGCCCACAGUGUUGGGCAUAAAUUUCUUACCAUUUCUAUUUGGCGCAAUCGAAACAAUUCGUCACAGCAAUGCAUAUCCCACACGCAAAUACUUACUGUUGACUGUGUUACUAUCUUUAAUAGUAUUAAGUGCAGUGGAGCAUAAGGAGUUCCGAUUUGUAUGUGUUUUAUUGCCAUUGUGUCUGUACAUUGCUUCCGACACAUUAACCAGAUGGAGUUACAAGGCUUCAAGGCUAUCUUUGUGGAUUGUGGCCAUUCUUAUAAUUGUUGGAAAUGCCGUCCCAGCUUGGUACUUAAGUACGAUCCAUCAAAAAGGACCAAUUGAAGUUAUGUCAAAACUGGGUAAUAUUCUGUCUUCAUAUAAAUCCGAACAACCCCGUCCAGCUAAUGUACUCUUCUUAAUGCCCUGCCAUUCGACGCCCUACUACAGCCACAUACACCAAAAUGUCACGAUGAGAUUUUUAACAUGUGAACCAAAUUUGAAAGAGAUUUCCAAUUACAAGGACGAAGCUGAGCUCUUCUUCGAGUCCCCGGUUCAUUGGUUGCGUUCACAUAUUCCUUCGUAUCCGCGCUCCGCAAAGCCGACACAUGUUGUACUAUAUGAGCCAUUAGCAAAUACAAUAAACGAAUUCCUUGCUGACUACAAGAUGUUGGAAAGGGUACCCAAUGCGGAGGUAAACAAUGUUGACCCCCAAAUCCUCCUAAAUCAUUGGUCCGUCCUGGUUAAAGAAAAGCGAUUAAAUGCAGACUCUCUAUUACAGUACAUCAACUCAAGAACUGGUAAAAACAUUAUUAUUUAUCAACGGUUGCGUGAUGGCGAGGAAAACAAAUUCAAUCGGAAUGAAUUCAGAGGUGAAGAAGACAUGGUUGUAAAAUACCCUAACUUGGCUGAAUUUGAAAACCAGGGUGACUCAUAUGAAUCGGAAACAGCAAGUAAUCUGUAUAACUAA